GACAUCGUUAAAACAAACCCACGAUCGACCGAAAUGAGGGAUUUUUAACGGCAGCAAGCAUGUGACGAUUCAUGUAUGUUUGGAUUUUUUUUUUAUUUUUUUUAAUUCCUGGAGGGUCCGGACUGUGCUACUCGACUGGACGGCUGAUCCCAUUUUCCCUUAUUUUGUUCAUUAUCUGUCCCCUUAUUGCUCUGCUCACAGUGAGAGUGGGAUCUGAAUGCGGAAUACACCUGGACUGGUCUCAGGGUAACUAUCCGGGGGCCAUUCCACACUUCAGGCAUGACAGGACUCCAGCACACUAUUAACAUGGAUGGCAGAGACGAGUUCACCGAAGACAGUGAAUGCUGCAGCAACAACUCCCAGGAGAUCCAAGGGCAGGAUAGCAUCUCAGGGCUGUGUUUGCCUCCAUAGAAGACAGCGAUAGUGACCUUGACAACCACGGUGAAGACUCAUCCUCUAACGCCUCAGCUGACGACCACAUGACCACCAAGAGAACGCAGUGCCGCCUACAAGGAGCGGGAGUCAAAGAGGAGAGUGACGAGGGGGUAGAUCACUGCAGCAGCUUUGUUUGUCCUCUGUGCACGCUGGAUUUCAGCAGCCCUGAGAAGCUCAUUUCCCAUGUCUACCAGCACACAACUAUGAUGAGCAACACCAAGAGCUAUGUGUGCCCAGUGUGUGGGCGAGCCCUGAGUUCGCCUGGCUCGCUUGGAAGGCAUCUUCUCAUCCACUCUGAGGACCGCCUCUCCAACUGCGCUGUCUGUGGUGCACGCUUUACAGACACCAACAACUUCAACAGGGAGAAGCUGAAAGAUGUUCUGGACAUGAGCAGGAUGGAGGUCAGCAGUGGGAGGGACUCGUGCUCGCUGUCCCUGUCCAGCAGUCCGAUGUCUAGCCCGGGCCCAGGUUCUCGCUCCUGCCACGGACCCGGACCCAGUCCCAGCCCCAGUUCAUGCCAGGGUCCUCGGCUGUGUCAAGCCCCUGACCCUGACCCAAGCUUAUGUCAAGCCCAGCGUUCUUGUCAGGGACCAGGACACAUCUCUAGCCAGUGUCAAGGGCCCAGACCAUGUCAUGGCCAAGGUCCUGGAUCCGGUCCUUGUUCAGGCCCAGGACCAUGCACAGGCUCUGACCAAGGACCUUCCUUUCCCUCCCUGCCUGACAGUCUGCUCUCUGAAGGGCCAUCACUCACAUCUAUCCCUGAUGCUCUUAACUCCUCCUCCUCAGGCCUUCCUCCCAUCCCUGACAUCCUCAGCCCUAUGCCGGUCUAUCCAGCAGGAGUGCUGCUGGUUUGCAACAGCUGCGUGGCCUAUCAGCAGCUAGUCGAGGCCCAGUCGCCAAUGAGAAAAUGGGCAUUACGUAGGAAGAAUGAACCGUUGGAGGCGCGUCUGCAACGUCUUGAACGGGAACGUACAGCAAAGAAGAAUAAGCGGGCGUGUGAGACGGAAGAAGAACGGGAACUGAGGAGGCUGCGGGACCGUGAGGCCAAGCGCAUGCAGAGGAUGCAGGAAAGUGAGGAGCAGCGGGCUCGUAGGCUGCAGAGAGACAGGGAGGCCAUGAGGCUGAAGAGAGCCAACGAGACACCAGAGAAGAGGCAAGCCAGACUGAUCCGCGAGAGGGAGGCAAAGAGGAUCAAACGGCGGCUGGAGAAGAUCGACCCGGCUCUGAGGACACAGAUCGAGCACGAUCCUGCUGCUAUGGCUGCCCUCACAGCAGAUAUGAGUCUCUUCCAGUUCCCCUGCCCGAUGCCGGUCCCUUCCAUUGAUAAUGGUCUGUUCAUGAAGCUACCCUAAUGGAACCAGACCACCAGGGGGAAACCAUCUGGCUUCUAGCAUCAUUAACCUCUGCACUCUGCCGUAAGCUGCCAUGGUCACAGUGAACCAUUCCUAGCCGGUUUACAUCCGGCUUUUUUCUGUGUCGAACAGCUUCACACAUAAACUGCUUUGUUGAAUACAGCAAAACCUACUUCAAUUUCUAAUUUAUUACAGUUUAGAAAACCUUGGGAACAGGGUUGAGAAUGUCUCGUAUUGUAUGGAUGAUGACAUAUAAGCAUGUUGUAAAGAGAUUUAUCUGUUCGCCAGCGGACCAGCAGAGUUAACACACUUCAUUCUAGUAGGAGCAGUUCUACUUCCUUUGAGGAGAAAAAUGUUUUGCACAUGGACCUUCAGUGAUGAGCGGGGACUUUGUAGCCACAGCCCCCUCCUUUCUGGUCCACUCCACCAGCCCAGUGAUUCGGGUUUACUGGUAGCUGCACCUCUUCAAGCUGCCAACAUGGAUCCCUGGGAAGUUCAUAUUCAGUCAAACUACUACCUCAGCCGGCGCCGUGGUGGCGUCCUCUGUCCUGUGGCUUACUGCGUUCCAACUCCAAGCUUCCAGACCUCUAUGUACUGUACACUCCCACAGAGGAUGCAGGUUGUUUUCCACAGUUUAUUUGCAUUUAUCACUGAGGCACUUUGAUAGGACAAAAACAUUCAAAACAGCAUUUAAUAUACAUAUACACCUUUGUCACAUGUACUCCCCAGGUUUAAUUCUGAUGUUUCCACUGAAUGUUUCGUCCUGUUAAACAUGCCUGGUGUUAAGCAACAUUCCUCGUCACCUUAUGAGUUGUACAACUUAGUGUUUUCGCCUCUUUUUGCCAAUAUCUGAGUUUCUUUUCCUUUCCUCACAUUGUUACACUCAGAAUAUUUUUGCCAAUGUCUUUUCAUUUGUAUUUUCUGUUACAGAGCUUUUCUUUGGCUCACCAAACUCAGUGUGCGCUGCUGUUACUGUACUGUACUGUACAAUACAUUAGUUACCUCUUAUAUAUUGUGGGUUUAUCAUAUCGAGGGAUAUUGUGUUAAAGUGUUCCAUCAGUGAUCACAGUGAAACAGUUUGUAAUAUUUUAUCUGUUGACAACAGCAUUUGUCACAUUACUUGAAUUCUGCUAAAAUAUUUUUUUUCUUAAUGUUAAUUAAAACAUUUUAGGAUGUUAUUAUUGUAAGCUUCAUGCAAUUUCUGUAGCAUUCACAUGCUUUGUAAGGCUGCAGUAUCUUUUAAAUAUGUAAACUGUAACACUUAACUAGGAGUUAUUGAGUUUCCUGUGUCAGCAGAAUGAAUGAAACAUAUUUAAUGAUUCAUGUAGUUUGACACAGAAAAGUUUUUAACUUUUUUUUUUUUUUUUUUUUGUCCCUAUCCGUUAUUGAGCACUGGGGCUAUUUUCAUGAAACAAACAGCACAUACUGGGAGAGAUUUUAUUAAUCUAUAUUCAUUAACCUCAUUCCAGCACAUAAUUAUGCAAUAUGACGUGAAUAUAUUUUUCUUGUGAAAAUGUUUUUUGUUGUUUUGUUACUGUCAGUGGUAUAAACUUGUUUUAAUGUUUCAAUCAGAGGCCAUGUUUGGGAUUGCCCUUUUUUCUUGAUAAAUUUUCUGCCUGUAAGGUUACCUCCAUUUUCUUCUUGAAUUCAUGUCUCCAGAUGCAAACAUUUACAAUGUCAAAUGACCAGAUCCUUAAUAUCAGAUAUAGGAACACAUUCUGGUUCUGUUUGAGUCACUCCUAGAUGACAGAUGCUUCAUCUGGCUGUUUGCUACAGAAAUCAAACCUUUUUUUUUUAUCAUUAGAGGCUUUUCUAGGAGUGCAUCAAACCUCUAUGCAACAGAUGAGUUAUUUAUUCCAAGGAAAUUAGUUCACUUUUCACUGAAACUAUGCAGAAUGCAACUUUAAUUUAAAUUAAUGUCAGUAUAAAGAGUUUAGCUUCUCAGGCAAUUUAACUCAGUGAGCAGGCUCAGAGCCUAGAUACAACACCCUGGUCCAUAAAACUCAUUCAAAGGCCGAUGUGAUCUGAACAGUUGAAGGCAGUUGUGUGGCUUUGCUGGAGACUCUUUGUCGUCCAAGAUGUUUUCUCUUCCUAGUUGAGCACAUGAAAGGAACAGGGUCUCACUGCCAUCCUAUUCAUGACAUACUGUACCAAGGGCAGAUCAGUGUUCUCGACUGGCUUCAGGUGUCAUUUCUUUCUCUUCUCUUAGACUAUGAAUACUGGGUAUUCUCAGAGGUUGUUCUUUGAAAUUGCUGUGAUUUCCCCCUUUGUCCUACAGUGGAAUGAUGCAACAGAAAUAUUAUUGCAAAGGAAGUACCACAAACUCUGAAGUUAUUGAUGGUCUUUAUGAGCAGUACCUUCAGUUUGGAUUAGGUAAGCACUGCAUGUUGUAAAACUGCACUUGUCCUAGAAUGGUUCAAUAUUGAGCUUGUGUUCUACUGUUAGUUUAUGCCUGCCUGUUUUUUACAGUUUAAUCUAAAGAAAAAUGUUGUUUAAAAACAUUGGCCUUUUUAUUAAUUCUAUCAGGAUUUUCUCUCUAUGUCCAUGUUUACAAAAGAAGUCUCUGAACAAGGCCAAAUGAAUGAACUAAACUGCUAAUGAGAACAUUCAUGCUAACUAAAUAUCAGUGUGUUCUGACUGGAUGGGAUUUGGGGAGCCAUCCUCCGUUACUCCAUUAGCAGAUGUACAGACCAUGAUGAAUCCUGGUAAAGAAUGUGGAAAUAAACAUUGACUUUACUAUAAUACUGA